CUGUCAAUUGUAAACAAAUUUGCGGCACGUUUACUGGUUUGUAGUGAAUUUUUGAAGCGCGUAAUCUAUUUCUGUUUUAAUUAGUUGUAUAUAAUAAAUUUUAUUAAUUAUGGAAGAUUCAGAACCUUUUUACGAUUUUUGUGUACCGUAUAAUAAAGAUGAGACUGCAUUUCGUGAAACCUUAAAAGAGUUGUUUGAAUUGGGAUACAAAACAAUUGCAAUAGAAGAAAUUUUUACACAUGGUAAAAAAGUGGGAGUUAAACUACCGCGUGAUAUGUUUCCGAAGCCAGUUAAUAUUGAGCAUUUGCGAGAUGAAUACAAAACCAAAAUGAAAAUUCUACAACGGAUAACAAUUAUUUACUCAGAAUCGUCUGUUGCACAUGCUAUGUCAAUUUCUUCAAAUAUAAAAAUGUACGACAUAAUUGCGGGACAGCCCAAAACAGAUGCAGCUUUAACUCAUUGCUGUGCAAAUUUCACCGGUGAAUUAAUAACUUUCGAUAUUGAAAAUGGUGCAAAAUUAUUGGUAAACCACAAAUCUUAUUCCAUUGCUUGUAACCGUGGCAAAUUCUUCGAACUUAAAUAUGCGCCCGCCAUCAGAGAUUCUAAUGUACGCAAAGAUCUUAUAAAAAUUGCACAUAAUUAUCGUUUACGCGAUAAGCCCAAAAAUGUCAUAAUUAGUAGUGGAGCGAAUAAUGCUUUUGAAGUUCGGUCACCUUAUGAUAUAGCCAAUUUAUCUUUAAUAUUUGGAUUUUCUGAAGAUCAGGGAAAGUGUGCAAUUAAUAGAUAUGGCCGGCAAUUGUUUUUAAAAGCUUGUGCUCGACGUAUUGGAAAAACAUUUAUGUACAUUAAAGGCUCUGGACCAGUUGUAUUUUCAAUAUAUGGAGAGGAUGAUGCAAUUAGUGACGAAGAAGAUAUGGAAGCUGAAGAAGGUGCAGAUAGCGACGAAAGUGAUAUGGAAGCUGAAGAAGGAAGUAUAGCUGAUACUGAAGAAAAAACAAAUGACGAAUUGUUAGAGCAACCCUCUAAAAAGUUAAAAACUGCAUGAUUAUUACAUGUAUUGAAACUAUAGAAUAAAAAGUUUAUUA